UUCAGGUGCUUGGAAUGUGGGAAGAGCUUCAGGACAAGCACCACCCUCCUUCGCCACCAGCACAUCCACACUGGGGAACGGCCCUACAUGUGUGUGGAAUGUGGGAAGAGCUUCAGCCAGAGCUCCACCCUUCGCAAACACCAGCGCAUCCACACUGGGGGACGGCCCUACUCAUGUGGGGAAUGUGGGAAGAGCUUCACUGACAGCUUCAGACUGAUCCGACACCAGCUCAUCCACAGCGGGGAACGCCCCUAUACCUGUGGGGAAUGUGGGAAGAGCUUCACUCAGAGCUCCAGCCUCCGCAAACACCAGCGCAUCCACAGUGGGGCACGGCCCUACUCAUGUGGGGAAUGUGGGAAGAGAUUCAGUGACAGCUCCAACCUGAUCCUGCACAAGCAUAUCCACACUGGAGAACGGCCCUAUUCGUGUGGGGAAUGUGGGAAGAGCUUCACUCAGAGCUCCAGUCUCCGCAAACACCAGCGGAUCCACACUGGGGAACGGUCCUACACAUGUGGGGAAUGUGGGAAGAGCUUCAGUGACAGCUCCGACCUGAUCCGGCACAAGCACAUCCACACUGGAGAAUGGCCCUACAAGUGUGGGGAAUGUGGGAAGAGCUUCACUCAGAGCUCCAACCUCCGCAGACACCAGCGGAUCCACACCGGGGAACGGCCCUACACAUGUGGGGAAUGUGGGAAGGGCUUCAGUUGCAGGUCCACCCUCCACACCCACCAACUCAUCCACACCAGGGAACGGCCCUACAAGUGCUUGGAAUGUGGGAAGAGGUUUCAGAGGAGCUCAACUCUCCUCCUGCAUGAGCGGACGCACACGGAUGAGAGGCCCUUCCGCUGCACCGACUGCGGGAAGGGCUUCAAACUGAAGUCCCACCUCAUCACCCACCGGCGCAUCCACAGCGGGGAGAGGCCCUACAAGUGUGGGGAGUGUGGGAAGAGCUUCAGUGACAGCUCUACCUUGACCCAACACCAACGGACCCACCAGUAA